AUGGUCACCGCGGCCAUGGCCGCCGCCAUUCCGGCCAACCAGCCCGGUCUUCUACCUCGUUAUGAAGAUGCCGUCAUCCCCGACAAGAUGAAGUACGACCGUCGCGAGGUGGAUACCGUGAUUCCCGACAAGGAGAAGUACGACCGUCGCGAGGUGGAUACCGUGAUUCCCGACAAGGAGAAGUACGACCGUCGCGAGGUGGAUACCGUGAUUUCCGACAAGGAGAAGUACGACCGUCGCGAGGUAGAUACCGUGAUUCCCGACAAGGAGAAGUACGACCGUUGCGAGGUGGAUACCGUGAUUCCUGACAAAAGGAAGUAUGAUUAA